AUGGCAAUGCCCGUCCUACAACACAAUAAACGGUUAUUGGUUCUAUCUAUCUAUCUAUCUAUCUAUCUAUCUAUCUAUCUAUCUAUCUAUCUAUCUUAUUCCUUCGUAUCUAUCUAUCUAUCUAUUUUAUUUUUUCGUAUCUAUCUAUCUAUCUAUUUUAUUUCUACGUUUCUAUCUAUCUAUCUAUCUAUCUAUCUAUCUAUCUAUCUAUCUAUUUAUUUCUUCGUAUCUAUCUACCUAUUCUAUUUCUUCGUAUCUAUCUAUCUAUCUAUCUAUCUAUCUAUUUUAUUUCUUUGUAUCUAUCUAUCUAUUUUAUUUCUAUCUAUCUAUCUAUCUAUCUAUCUAUCUUAUUUCUUUCUAUCUAUCUAUCUAUCUAUCUAUCUAUCUAUCUAUCUAUCUAUCUAUCUACAUUCUAUUCAUAUCUAUCUAUCUAUCUAUCUAUCUAUCUAUCUAUCUUCUUUCUUUCUUUCUAUCUAUCUACCUAUCUAUCUAUCCCAUUCUACUCACUAUCUAUCUAUCUAUCUAUCUAUCUAUCUAUCUAUCUAUCUAUCUAUCUAUCACAUCCUGUAUCUACUUUCAGCAAUUUUUAUAUCAUCUAAAGCAACACUUACACACCAUUUAUUAUGGCAGUAUAAUAAAAAUGUAAAAUCUAUCUAUCUAUCUAUCUAUCUAUCUAUCUAUCUAUCUAUUAUUUUUCUAUAUUUGACAACACACAUACAUAUUAUAUGGGAUCAAAACAAAAACAUGUUAAACAUCGCUACACAACGCUAA